CGAAUGGCACCAACAACCCGGAGUAACCAAUUGGAAGGCGGGGGUGCAGAACCUGACCCCAUUGCCGUCUAGUUAGCCGCCAUCGCCGAGAGACUAGCCGUCAUGGAAUCCCUGAAAGACGACAUCGCCGCCCUCAAGUCUCAUGCUUCAUCUUCUAGUAACAGCGGUUUUAAACGUGGUCAUAAAGAUCCUGCCGAUGAUGGUGAGUACUCUUGGAGAAACAAUCGUCCUUAUCGCCCUUAUAACAAGAUAGAUUUCCCUGUAUUUAGUGAUGGAGAUCCUAGAGUAGGGGAUGUGGUGUUUCUAAAGAUACAACCCUAUAGGCAAAAAAGCUUGGCUAAACGGCGAUAUGAUAGGCUUUCUCCCCGGUUCUUUGGGCCUUACAAAGUUACACGCAAGGUGGGGCCUGUUGCUUAUGAGUUAGAAUUGCCUCCAGAUGCUCGCGUUCAUCCGGUGUUUCAUGUAUCAAUGCUGAAACCAGCUAGGGGGCAAGUUCCAACUUCACCUAUUGCUCCCCUCCCCAUCACAAAGGAUUGGAAAUUUGACGUGCAGCCUAAAGAAGUUCUCUCUCACCGCUGGGUAUGGGAAGCAGGUCAGCAUGUGCUGGAGUUACUCAUCUCUUGGUGUCAACGUCCAGUGGAGGAAGCUACCUGGGAGUGUUAUGAUCUGUUGCGAGCUCAAUUCCCUUCCUUUCGACUUGAGGACAAGUCGUUUUACCGGGCGGGUAGUAGUGAUAAGCCUCCAAUCAGAUUGGUAUAUUCAAGAAGGAAAAAGAAGAUGGCAAAGGGUGGGCCGGCAGAAGUGGAGCAGCUCAAAAUGUUAAUGGGCAUUUCAAACAACCCACUAAGUGGCUGAGUGGGUGGGUUACGUGGCAAUUACCAACUCCCUUGGGAGUGGGUUUAUUACUUAGUGUCAUGUUAUUUUCUUAUGUGAUUAUCUUUUAUUGUAUUUUCCUUUGAGAAUCUGGAGACUAUCCCUUCUCAAAUUGGGACUUGAUGUACUUUUUUUAAUUCUAAAUUCAAUCAAGCUCAAGCUUUAUCAACCAAUCUCGGCCAGGCUUCUUCGGCAAUGUUCCAUUCCUUCUCUGAUCGACGCAGCUAGGAUUUGCCACCAACACCCUCCUUCGUUCUCCAAUGAAGCAGUUAGGGUUUU